AGAGCCUCGGCCCCCACACACCUUGCCUUUCUCCCACGGCUUGCCUCAACGCCUCUGCUCUCGCGCCUCCACACGAACUCCAACGCCGUCAGCAUGGCCUUCGCCGGGAAAUGGGAAACCGAGAACCAGGAGGGCUACGACGCCUUCUGCAAGCUGCUGGGUAUCCCCGAUGACACCAUCGAGAAGGGCCGCGACUACAAGCUGAUCACAGAGGUCACCCAGGACGGGGAUAACUUCUCCUGGACCCAGACCUUCCCCACCAACGCCAAGGUCUCCAACAAGUUCACCAUCGCCAAGGAGUGCGACAUGGAGACCAUCGGAGGAAAGAAAUUCAAGGCCACCGUGCACAUGGAGGGAGGCAAGCUGAGCGUGGCCUUCCCCAACUACCACCACACCUCGGAGAUCAGCGGAGGCAAGCUCAUCGAGAUCUCCAAAGCCGGCUCCGUAGUGCUGACGAGAACCAGCAAGAAGAUCUAACUGACCUUUGACCUCUUGGACAGUUACAAUGGUGACCUCAGCUACCA